UGUUGCUUUAAAAGCAGAUGUUGAUGGGAAGUCUUUAGAUGAGAGAAAUGCUUUGGUUUUACAAAAGUACUGACGCGUAUGGGUGAUGUGUGUGGUGGGAUGGAUUUGUGCUGGCCAGAUGUAAUGGGACAGUUUCUUUCCAGUAUCUCAUGGGAAAUGUUUUUAACCUGGUGUUUGCACGGCACUAUGGUGCACUUAGUUCUGAAUCUCAGCUUGAGGUUUUUUGUGUUUAAAUAAAGUAGCUUUGCAACUCUUACCCAAUCCACUUGUGUAUCUUAGUUUAUAGCUUUUAGCCAGAGGUCAACUUCUUACUGUAUUUGUUCUUUGGAAAUGGUGCAUUUGGCUGGGCCCUGUUUUUAGCACUGCAAUAUAAACAGUAACCACUCAAUACAGUUAUUCAAAGCUGCUAUUUAUUUGAUGUUUCAAUUUACUGCUAAAACCUUCAAUUUACCGUUUUUGAAUUGAUUUUUUAGUUAAGUUUACUUGAUAUGCUACUUAUUUUUUCUUGACACUGUUUAAAUGAAAUGUUGUUGUAAUAAAUGUAGCUGUAUUACUAAAAAAAGAAUUUUUCCUUGCUCUUCUUUGCUGACACUUAUAGCUAUCUUAAACUUCAAAUAAGGACAAAAUGUCCUCUAGAGGGAGAUCUUGUUGCUUUUAUGUGCUAAAAUGUUGGUCACCUUGUUCCAGUUAAAUGUUUUGAUCACCUAUCUUGGAAAGGAUAUGUGAUGAUGAAUGUGUGUACUUCUGCUCUGGAUCUGUGCUUGGAAAUUUCAUAACAGGAUACAGAAUAUAAUAGCCUGUCAUGUAACACUUCUGUAGGUUAAGUGAAACAUAGUUGUUUUAGUUUGAAUAGGUUUAAUUCUGAAGUUAAAUGAAUAAUGUUUACAAGUUCCAGAGCAUUACUCCUGCAGGAGAAUUUGUAGGACUUACAUUUGUGGCAUCAAUUCUGCAAAUGCUUACAAAGAUACUGACUUUCAUGCAUCACUCUCUUUUUCAUCAAGAUGCUUUUGAGGGCAGUUUCUUUACUGUCGUAAACCAAGAAUUUCAGUAGCUGCUCUGAAAGUGUUGUGGGUUAAAUCUCUUCAGCAUAAUGAGUGCUAACAGCUGGGCAAGGAAAUAAAGCAGAAAUAAAAUGUCCCAUUUGAUUGAUCUUGGCAGUACUUUCUGCCUAUAAAAAACAGAGGUUGAAAUAUUACUUUGCAGACACAUCAAUUGUUUGAAUGUAGUUAACUCUAUAUUCCACAUGCUCAAUCCAAAUUACUGGAAGAAUCCUGGUGGGAUUAUUAUGAGGGUGAGUUAUUCAGCAUGUUACAUAUGCAGCCUCAGCAUGAGAUUUUUCUCACAGACACAUUGAAAAACCUUAUUCCACAGUAAAGGCAUCUGUGCUCUUAUUUUUCUGUACGUAAAUGCAAAUAGUGAAUUUGGUGUAGUUUCUGUUAUGUCUGUUGUGUAAAACUAAAGGCUGUGUGGAACUUACUCAGUGGAUAUGAUUGGAAAAUUUCCUCAUACUGCGACAACUGCUGAAUAGGUCAAAAAUGUGUUCACUUUUUUAGUUGCCAGUUGAACCCCUACACACUUCUUUCAAGUCCUCUGUACUGUUAAGAAAUAGAUAUUGUCAGGCUGACUCCAAAAUAGUUGUAGUAUUUGUAUUCUUAUAAAUGUACAUACCAAACCACUACAUAAUUAAUUACUUUUGUGUGAGGAGAAGUAAUACUGCAAGUAAGGUAAAGUGAUUUGCAUUAUUUAUAUUGCAAGAUUGUUUUCCUUUCCAUACUCUUUUUCAUUGUUUUAUGGUAUGCAAAUACACUUCUGCAGUGCAUUAAAAAUGUAUGCAAAGGGCUUGGAGGCAAAUGGUGUUGUGUAAUUGAAGGUACAGAUGUGUUUUAAUAGAGGAAUAAAUGCCAUUGAUAAAUAGGAAUAAAAGUUUGAUGUUUUUUGUUAAGAAAGGCAUAUUUACAUCCCUAAGUUACUCAUAUUGUAGACUCUUUAAUGAACUGUGCUCUGAAUAAUCAAUUCUUUAUUUUAGAUCAUAAUUUUGGAGGAUUGCAGCACUGAGAUCUCUGGAGUCUGCUGUGUGUAGCCAUAAUGAGUUCGUCACUGGUUGCUUAUGAAGAUUCAGACUCUGAGACAGAAACUGAGAAGACUGAAGUCCCCCAAGCUUUUGGCACUCAAAUAAGCUCUCAGAGGUCUUCUGUGAGUUGUGGUCAGCACUUUGCACCUGGUAGUUUGGGUACAAAAUCUACAUAUGAAAUGCACCCUACGGAGAACAGUGGCAGUUCUGGCACAAGCACUGUUUGUGAAGAUCCCCCUGAGCUUUAUGCACAGAAUAAUAACACUGACAUGACAUCUCCUUAUUCUAGGAGGGCAUACCCUGGCCAUGCUGCAUUAUCUAUGCCUUACAGAAACUAUGAACAGACCUCAAGCUCUUCAGCAAACUCUGGAAAUGGCGUUUCCCAGAAGAGAAUGCAUAAAGACAGUGCUACUACCAUAAAAGGAAUUAGACCAUAUAUCCCCAAACGAUUGCGUCAAGAAAGUUCCAGUACGCCUGAAACAAAGGAACCUGAUCAGAGAGGUAGCUCAGAUUGUGAUGUUAAACUGGGUGUAUUGGGAGAGCAGACUUCGAGAAAGAUCUCUGAAUUAAUUAAGCCAUAUUUGGGAUCCAAAUAUAAAUCAACCGAAGUCCCCAAAAGCUUAAUAUUUUAUAUGUCUAAACACAGUGGCCCUGUCAAUGAAAUCCAGUGGUGUCCUGUACGGGAACAGAGUCACAUGCUUCUCUCAGCUUCUAUGGACAAAACAGUCAAGGUAUGGGAUGCUGUAGAUACAGGCUGCUGUUUAAAAACAUACUCCUGUCACUCCUGUGCUGUUCGAGCUGCCCAGUGGUCGUCUUGUGGAAGAAGGAUCCUCAGUGGGGGCUUUGAUUCCACACUGCAUUUAACAGAUAUAGAAACAGGGAAGCAGAUAUUUAGCAGCAAAACAGAGUUUAGGAUCAGUGCGCUCAAGUUUCACCCUACAGAGUCAAAUAUUUUCCUUUGUGGAGGGUUCAGCCCAGAAGUUAAAGCUUGGGAUAUAAGGACUUCUAAGGUGUUAAGAGUGUACAAAGCUGCAGUACAACAGACUUUGGAUAUACUCUUUCUCCCUGAAGGAAGAGAGUUUCUUUCAAGCACAGAUGCAGUAAGCCGAGACUCAGCUGAUCGUACCAUCAUUGCAUGGGAUUUCCAAAGUGCUGCAAAAAUCUCCAACCAGAUUUUUCAUGAGCGUUACACUUGCCCAAGUCUGUCUCUGCACCCAAAAGAGUCUGUGUUUGUUGCUCAGACAAACGGAAACUACAUGGCUUUGUUUUCUGCGCAGCGACCAUACCGGAUCAACAAAAAGAAAAGAUAUGAAGGACAUAAGGUGGAAGGAUUUGCAGCGGGCUGUGAAUUUUCUCCAGAUGGAACACUUUUGGUGACAGGAAGUUCAGAUGGCAAAGUGUUUUUCUACAACUAUCAUACUUCUAGGAUUAUUCGCACUUUGUCUGCACAUAAAGAAGCUUGUGUGAGUGCAAUAUUUCACCCAGUCUUGCCAUCACUCCUUGCAACCUGUGAUUGGGCUGGAGAAAUCAAGAUCUGGCAAUAACAAGGAGGGUUAAUUUUCAGGAUGUCUUCUGUUAGUCUGUCAAAGGCUUAGGAAAUAAACCAGGUUAUGCAAUGUGAA